CAUGACUGAAAAGGACCUUGACACUGUGGUCUACCCUUUCUCUCAUCAAUCAAUUUUCAGAUGAAAAAGAUUGUGAUCAUAAUACAGUACCUGGAAGGUAUCACCGGAGCUCUGGUUCCCAUUUUAAUUGGUGUGAGAUUAGCCUGAAGCGAAAAAAAGGGCACCCGCAAUACCUAAACCCCCAAACUCCGUCAUGCUAGUGGCAGAGCAGGUGCCGGCGUUUGCGGCCGCGCAGCUAUCCCUCCUCGCCGCGGAGCAGGAGGCAGAGGCAGCCGGGGCAGCCGAGCUGAUCAGUGCACACACGCCCGCAGCCCUCCAGAGAGCCGGCGCCGCCCUCACCAACCUUACCGUUCAGGGCCGGCGGACGGGUGCCGGGGGCAGGACCGUGGUGGAGCUCUCGUCGGACCCGGCCGUCGGCGGAAUCGAGCUGCCUGAGCACGGCCUUCGCGUCGGUGACGUCGUGCUAGUCGCUGAGCAGCCGGCCGGGUCGGCCAAGAAGCGGGAGGUGCGCGAGAUGGAGCGCAAUGGCGUGCGCGGCGUCGUCACCAGAGUUCGUCGCUCCGACCUGAACGUCGCUCUCGACGCGGGCGAUGACAAGUCUGGCGGGGCCGGCAAGGAGGAGAAGGGUCUCGCGGGGAGGGUCUGGGUCGUCAGGCUGGCUGAUGAUGUUACAUACCGUCGGAUGACAUGGACUAUGGAAAAGAUGGAAAGAAUGGCCGAUGCAGAACACUCCAACUUCAUUCGUGUCCUCUUCGGCCACAGCUCUCCGUCACCGGUUCCAUCGAACUUGAAGACAGACCCUGAGUUUGGCGAGCUGGAGUGGCUCGACCCGACUCUCAACGACUCCCAAAAGGAUGCGAUACGCUUCGCUCUGGCUUCCAAGGAAAUAGCAUUGAUACACGGUCCUCCAGGGACCGGCAAAACCCAUACCCUGAUCGAGCUUAUACUCCAAAUGCUUAAGCAAGGGCUACGAAUACUCGUCUGUGGCCCCUCAAAUAUCUCGGUGGAUAACAUCGUUGAGCGCCUGGCGCCACACAAAGUUCCCAUAGUGCGACUUGGCCACCCCGCCCGGCUCCUGCCAUCAGUCGUCGGCCACUCCCUCGAUGUGCUCACUCAAACGUCUGAGGCGGGCGCCAUUGUGCGAGAUGUCCGCGCCGAGAUGGACGCGAAGCAGGCCUCCAUCAAGAAGACAAAGAGUGGGAGGGAGCGUAAGGCCAUCUACGGCGAGCUUCACGAGCUGCGCAAGGAGUUCCGCGACAGGGAGAAGAGGUGCGUUGCGAACCUAUUGCAGUCUAGCAAGGUCGUGCUGGCGACCUUACACGGGUCUGGUGGCUUUCAGCUCAGGCAGGAAAAGUUUGACGUGGUCAUCAUCGACGAGGCAAGUCAGGCCCUGGAAGCACAAUGCUGGGUGGCGCUGCUCUCGGCCAAGAAGGCCGUCCUCGCUGGUGAUCAUCUGCAGCUGCCUCCCACAAUCAAAUCUCUGAACUCAAAGGCCGCCAAGACGGCCACCGGCGGCGACGGUAGCGGGACCGCAGACGGAGAAGAGAGCUCCGCAGGCCAGAGCCGGAAGAAGAAAGGGGUCACACUCGAAACGACCCUGUUUGACCGCCUUUUGGAUCUCCACGGGCCCGCCAUAAAGCGCAUGCUGACGACGCAGUACCGCAUGCACGAGAAGAUCAUGCGCUUCCCAUCGGACGAACUGUACGGCGGCAGGCUGGUCGCAGCAGAGGCCGUCAAGGAGAGACUGCUCAAGGAUCUGCCCUACAAGGUUGAGGACACGGACGACACGAGCGAGCCCCUGAUAUUCAUCGACACCCAGGGCGGAGACUUCCCCGAGCGCAACGACGAGAUGGAUAACGGCGACGCCGACGACAAGAAGAAGACCAAACGGAUGUUACUCCACGGGGAGAGUAAGAGCAACGAGAUGGAGGCGGCCCUGGUCGCGCAGCACGUACGUUCGCUUGUCGACGCGGGGGUCAAGCCCGAGGACAUUGCCUGUAUAACACCCUAUAACGCCCAGCUCGCGGUCCUAGCACCGUUACUCAAAGACAGGUUCCCGGGAAUCGAGCUCGGCAGCGUCGAUGGAUUUCAGGGGCGGGAAAAAGAGGCUGUGGUAGUCAGCUUGUGUCGCAGCAACCCCGAUGGUGAGGUUGGCUUUCUCGGGGAGAGGAGGCGGCUGAAUGUUGCCAUGACGAGACCAAAGCGCUCACUCACCGUUAUCGGUGACUCCGAGACAGUAAAGCGCGGGAGCAAAUUCCUCAAGGGAUGGAUGGAACAUUUGGAAGAAAAUGCCGACCUUAGGUAUCCCGACGUCUCAACCAUACAAGGUGCAUGAAUUUCGGAUUAUGAGAGGAGAAAAGGGAGAAAAAAAAAGAAGCAAAAAACCCCUCCCCGAACCGGUCCCGGUCUCGUUGGUCGGCAGUCGGACGACAACAGGGAGAGAGGUCCAGAGACGAACAAAAAAAAAAGACAUCAUCAGUAAUUAGUAUUACCUACUGCACAGUAAUCCUUCAACACACCCCUGAAGCCCGUGCGCACAAUUGAAAACGCCAAACUGCAGGCCUCGAUCGCCGUGAAUACCCACCCCCCAAGAGGCUCAGCUGG